AAACUUGGUAUCGGAGGUAAUCAUCAAAAAGCCGUAAACGCGUACCUCUGCGGAUGAGCUAGACCGAGUACUCCAUAUCGGAGUCAUGCUGGUAAUCCUUUCCAAAAGUCAAAUCCAACCCUGACUACUAACCUAAGAUGCAUAAAUACCACCUUACUCCAGACUCUUUCCCCAAACCACGCAAACAGGAACCAGCACACAUCAACCUACCCAAAUCCAUCCAGCAACACGGCCACCAUCAACCACAAUGAAGCUACCGAUUCUCUCCUUCAGUCUCCUCUAUAUCUGGAUCGCCUCCGUCAACGCAGACUUUUUCCAUUGCGUCUGCGAAACAAGGCCAUACCACACUGUUUUUCGAUCCAAAGAAGCCUGCGUCUUUGUCAAGAACAGAGCCCUCCCCAGAGACAAAGUCAGCAUAAGUCUGGCGGCCGACGGCAGUCCGUGGGCGGGUAACCUUACGUGUCGUAUGCUAGAUCCCGCCAAGUUUUGGGGUCCAUCCGUUUGCGGCGGACAGUAUAGCCGCUUCUUUCGGUAUGAUGUCUGCAAGCCCGAGUGCAAGUACGAUGGGAAGGACCCCGAGGACUGUAUAACAGCCUAUGAUCAACAGCCAUCUGUUCAAACUGGCAUUUGACUUAGUGCGUGUCUAGUAUAUUAGUAUAGCUUCCAGUCGAAUCCCGCAGUAAAUCAAUCGAGUCUUCAAUACUGUCACCAAGCCCAUUCCUCUUAAGUUCGGAGGAAGGUACAUUCUGUAUUAUACCGCC